UUGAACUCCGCUAUAAGGCGCACGUCGGUGGGGCGGCUAAACGUUUUGAGUGAAUAACUUUUUUCGGUAUAAUAUUUAUGUGCGUUUGCUUGCUUUCUUUGUUCUCGCACACGCGACGCAUUCAUUGCUUUUGUUUAGAGAAAUCAAAAAUCCAUAUGUAUUAAUAAACUCAAACAAAAAGUUGAGUUUGUUGUAAAUUUAAUUAUUUACAUGGUGACGACGGUGUUAGAAAAACAAAAAAACAUAAACAAAUGGAAAAGUAAAUACAACUAAACCCACCUAAACAAUGUGCCAGCACUUGAGUAACGGACGGGAGUUAAGAACAACAAAGUUACGGCAUAAAUGUUGCGAAAAUCGUGAAAAACAGAAUUGCUUGUAAAUAAAACGCUUGACACUUGCGCAACAACGAAGAAAAUAAAAACAUAAAAAGUUUACAGCUUAUCGAAAUUGUAGCGAGCCUAAAAGGCCUAGGCGCCAUCAUGGCUGAUACAAUGCAUCUUGUAAGUUUUCAUCCGCCACAUGUGCAGCUAAAAUCACAAAUAUUGAAAUUAACGCCUUUCUUCAAUGCUGUUGUUGUUUACUUUGCCUUCGUACACAAUCCCAAAGGCGAACUGUGGACAACGGUGUUAAAAUGCCUACCCAUUGUGAUGCUAAUGCUGUAUGUUGUUGCAAAAGGGUUCGCUCUAACAACGGCCUACAGAUACUCCCAACGCAUACUGCUCGGCUUAAUUUGCUCAUGCAUCGGUGAUGCGUUGCUCAAUAUUAAUCUCUUCCUGCAUGGAAUGGGUGCAUUUGCUAUCGGUCAUAUCUGGUACAUAUCAGCGUUUGGUUGGAAGCCCUUAAAAUUACCAGUCGGUGUGGCGUUAUAUAUUUGUCUUGUUGUGGUUAUUUCUGUGGUCCUCAACCGACUCGACGCAGUACUUGCUAUUGGUGUUCCCUUAUAUGCUGCCCUCUUAACUACUACCUGUUGGCGCGCACUGGCAUGUGCACUGCAUGACUCCAGCUGCUUGAAUACAUUAUGCGCUGCAGGCGCAGUACUCUUUCUUCUUUCCGAUCUGGUUAUCGGUAUUACCAUGUUCUUUGUAACAGUGCCCUUUUCCCGACUCAUCAUCAUGUCUACAUAUUAUACUGCUCAAUUCGCGAUCGCAUUCAGCACUGCCAAAGAUCUACCGGAAUUCAGGAAGUUGGCGGAAAGCGGCAAGCCGUCGCACAAAGGUCAAGGCGGCGUCAAAACAAUAAAAGACUGAUCAGUUACCCAGAAGUUUGCGCUCCAUCAAAAGUGUAGCUCAAGUUGUGAAAGCAAUUAAAAUUUUCAUACGCCUAAGUCGAACAGUCACCACCAAAAAAAAAAAAAAAAAAAAA